AAAGGGGGAGAUAAUUCAUCAAUAAUUUGUUAAGAUGUUCAAGAAAAUCAUAUUUUACCUUCUUUUUCAUGCAUAUUUUACCGUUUUGAAAGGUAUUGAAAUGGUUAAUAUGAAGAUAGUUGAAGAACCAUCAAGCUAUGGGAUGAACAAUUUCAACAAUCAGCAAACCCAACAAGAAGACAACCGGUUGAAGAUGAGAGUUCCUCCAUCAAAGUUUUCUGGUCCUCAACAUCUUACAAGAUUGGUCAACAAAUGUUUUAGUAAACAGAUAGAUUCAUAUACAUAUAAAUUGUGUCCAUUUUCUAAUGUAUCACAACAUGAAGAAUCAUACAGGUGGAAUCCUUACAAUGGAAUUCUGGGUGUUUGGCAGGAAUGGGAAAUUCAUAAUAAUACCUUUGUUGCCAUGGUAAUGAGAGAGGGAGAUAACUGUGGAAAUUUAUUUAGAUCAAUGAAGGUUUUUUUGAGAUGUGGGAAUAAAAAUGAAAUAGUAAAUGUAUCAGAACCAUCAACGUGUCAGUAUCACAUGAACUUUAAUACUCCAUACGCCUGUCAUCCUCAUGCUAUGCUGGUGUUCCCUACACUAUCCGAGGAGUUACGUAAAGAGUGGGAGUUAUUAGAAGGCAGACUAGUGAAUGAAGAAAUUACAAAUAAGGGAUAUAAAAAACGAUUACAUGCUUUAUUUGAGAAAGCUGGGUAUUAUCUGUCAGGUUCAGAAAAAGACAAAUUAUCAAAAGAAGCUGUAAAGAAAGAAGAAAAGAAAGAAAAAGAAGAAAAUGGAGAAUUUGAUACAUUAUAUCAAUGCACACAGGAAUAUCAGAAAGUUAAACAACAGUUAGAUGCCUUAAAAAUGGUGCUUAAAGAUCCCAUGGUAGAUUCAAAGACAAAAGAAAAAGUUAAUAAAAUGGAUGAAAAUGAUAAACAAAACAAAAGUAGUAAAGGCAGCAGUAAAAAAAGGAAGAUUUUAACUAAGCUUACAAAUUUAAUGUCUCAAAGGGGUAAUACACAUGGUGUAAGCUAAAAAAAAGCUUUAAAUAAUGUAUAUUUUAAUUUGUAUGUGAAAUACUCACUUAUGUGUAAUAGGAUAUCUUUAUUUGAUAUAUUGGAUCCUUGCAAGGUCUACAUGUCUGUCAAACAGGGUUCACCUGACCUCAACCAUCAUUUCAUGGAUCAGUGAUCAAGAUUAAGUUUUUGUAAUCAAAUCCAUAUCUCAGAUACUAUAUUAAAGCAAUGUGUUUCAUCUGACCUUGAUAUCAUUUUCGUUAUUCAUUGGUCAAUGUUAAGUUUUUGUGGUUUGGUCUAUUUCUCUAAACCUUAAGUGCAAUAGGUCAACUAUAUUUGGUGUAUGGAAUGAUUGCAUGGUGUACAUGUUGUCUGGCAGGGUUCAUCUGACCUUGACCUCAUUUUCAUGGAUCAUUGAUAAUGUUAACUUUAUGUGAUACAUGUACUUGUAGUAAGACCUCAUAUUACAGAAUUUACAAAAAUUCAAUUAUAAUUAGUAAAGCAGGAGAGAUAUUUCAGUGUGUGCACUCUUGUUAAAAUAUGUUAUGAACAACAAAUCCAAUCAGUAUAAUUGUGAACAAGUAAUAAAAUGCUGAGGGACAAUCAGGAAUAUGUUUGAUAGACAGCUGGGAAAUUUGAUUGUUGGACAAAUGGGAAUUAUUUGACUAAUUUAUUUGUGUAAGUGUGUAUUGAAUAGUUGCAUGUAAUUGUGGAAAUAUGAUUGUUGGACAAAUAGGAAUUAUUUUGACUAAUUUAUUUGUGUAAGUGUGUAGCUGAUAUUAAAUGCAUGUAAUUAAUAAAGGUUUUUUUUUUAAAUCAUAAUAAAAAAAAUAGAUGGGU